CUAUCCCAUCAUCAAGAUUUUUGGCCAUUUUUUUCAAAAAAAAUGAUAAUGAUAAUGAUGAUUAUCAUCAAACACAAAAGGAACAACACACACACAGCCAGCCAUCAACACUAUCAUCACCAAUGGACUUUUCUUUUCUUUUCUGUUUUGUUACAAAAUUGGUAUUUAAAUGGUUAUGGAAGAGAAACGAUGAUCAUCAUCAAAACACAUUAUUUUGGAAUCGUUUCGUUCGUUCGUUCAUUAUUGUAUCACAGCAAUUAGCAACGACAACAACAACCACCAUUUUUUCCGUUUUUGUGUAUUUCAACUUUGAUUUGCGAAAUUCAACAAAAAACUUUGUAAAAUUUGAAUCAACGAAAAUCAAAACAGCAACCGACGAAAAAAAAUGACAACCGCAAAAGAACGUAUCGAAAAUGAAAUGAAACAAUUAAUUUUAAAAGCAAAAAAAUUAAUUGCCGAAGAAUUUGAUUCAUGUGUUGAUUGGAUUGAUGAUGAAAAAAAGAAAUCAAAAAAAUUAUUAGAACAAUUGGAAAAAUUACAACGACAAUAUCCAGAUAUUGAUGGUAAAAUUUUCAAUGAAUCACGUGAUUGUUGUGAUGAAUUACGACAAUUUCAAAAACGAUUGGAUGAAUAUCGUAAAUCAAUAUUGAAUAAUGAUGAUCGUAUGGUUGUUAAUACAUUGGAUGAAUUGGGUCGUGCUAAUGAAGGUUUUCAACGUUCUCAUUAUACUGAUUUAACACUUAGGUCACCAACAUCAUCAUCAUCGAAGGUAUGAUUAUUAUCAUCAUCAACAGAAUGAACAAGGUGGCCAAGGACAACAAGGAGGUGAAGGACAAGAAGGUGAAUAUGGUAAUAAUCAAUAUCCACGACGAUAUCA